AUGGAGGGCCUGGGGUCGGGCAUCAGCGGGCCUCUGCGACUGGCAACAAAGGCCAAUUGGAAACUUGGGGAAAACCUGGCGCUGUCCCACCUAUCCGCUUUGCCUGAGUUGCCUCAAAACAACGCCGAUGACUACCGGCUUCAGCAAUUGCAGUAUGCAAUGCAUUUGGACAGCUCCAUGAUAACCUACACACCGGACAUCGGCGUGCUAAGAAAUGGCGAUCAGGAGCAGGUUGCCAGCCGCUUUGACGACAGUAGGAAUGUCAAGCGCAAAAUCUUCGUCAACAAAGAGAACCCCCGGCGCCGUGCCCCUUGCAUCAUUAUCACCAUUCCGGUGGUGAAACACAACCCAAAUCCAAAAUCCAAAAUCCAAAAAAAGCCCUCCAUGUACGAAUACGGAGUCCUGGAGCGGUUGGUGUCGGUUGCGGAGGAGCUCAAUAAGGCCCAGGCGCAAAUUGAAAUCCGGAAGGUGCUCAAACGCGAAUACAAAAGGCAGGACCGUUGGGGAUACUUCCGGGCCAUGCAGCGCCUCAUGCCCGCCGCCAACGGUGUACGGCCGGGGCACAUCGCGUUUGGAACCUACGCGCCAGGGGGGCCCGUGGCGGCGGCGGCGGCGGCGGCGGCGGCGGGUACUCGGAUGCGGCCGCGGGCUAACGGCGCCGCCGCGAUGAAGGCCACCAAGCAGCCGCUCCAAAGAGACGUGGAUAGACAGGCUGAGGCCGUCCUAGGGGGGGGGGAUGUCGCGGCUGUGGAGGGGGCGGAGGAGGACGGGCAGCUCGCUGCCGCCGCCGCUGCCGCCGCCGCUGCCGCGGGCGGCAGCUCGCUUUCCUUGUCGUGCGGUGGCGACGACGCGCUGUCUCGACUCGACGCCGCGGUUGAGGCGGCUGUGCAAGCGAGCCAGGUUCGGGAGGCUCGGCGCGCGGCUGCUCGGCAGCUGGCCGAGGAGGAGGGCCUCCCCUCGGAGACGUGGUGGGACAUCAUGCAAAAGUGGGUGAGGGGGAGAGGGGAAAUGGUGUGGGUGCUGGUGCUGGUGCUGGUGCUGGUGCUGGUGCUGGUGCUGGUGCUGGUGCUGGUGCUGGUGCUGGUGCUGGUGCUGGUGCUGGUGCUGGUGCUGGUGCUGGUGCUGGUGCUGGUGCUGGUGCUGGUGCUGGUGCUGGUGCUGGUGCUGGUGCUGGUGCUGGUGCAACUCCCGCAGAUUUUGGUGCUGCACCCUCAUGAUGACGAGGAAGAAGCGGAGGGGGAGGAGGAGGAGGAGGAGGACGAAGAGGAAGAAAAGGAUGGGGGAAGCGAGGAAGAGGAAGACGAGGCGGCGCGGCGGCUGCGGCGGCGGCGGGAGCGCAAUGAGGCGCGAAAGGCUCGUAAAGCGGCAGCGGACGCGGCGGCAGGGGAGGGCGAGGGUGGCGGCGGCGGCCAGGGGGGCGCUCGGAAGAAGAAGUCCAAGGGCCGGGGUCGUGCGGGCGGUGCGGGACUGAUUCCCACGUCCAAGAUGACGAUGCUGGUCAAGGUGGUGAAGGAGGCGAUGGCUGCUGCGAGAGCCAUGGAAGCGGAGGACGACGAGAAGGGGAGCGGGAAGGCCCAUCACCAUCAUCGGCGCAAGAACCGCCGCGGCGGCGGCGGCGGCGGCGGCGACGACCCUGCGACGUCGAUGCGCAUGCUGACGGCGGCUGCGGCGGCGCUCAACAUGAGCGUGGAGGCAUACGUGGCGAUGCGGAACCGCAAGAUGGGGGUGACGGCGCUGAAGCCCUGGCAGCCACCGCCCUUCCCCCUACUGAUUGAGGCCGACGGGAAGCCAAUUGCCCUAGAGGAGCAUGAACUUCGGCAAAUGGAGCAGGAGGCCCGUCAGGAGCUUCUGGAAAAGGCCGCCAUGGACUUUGUCGCCGCCGCUACCUCCGCGUCCGCCGCCACAUCGUCCCUGGACACGUCCACGAUCAGCGGCAGUACAAUAUCGGCGUCAGCGUCGGCGUCAGCGUCGGCGUCAGCGUCAGCGGAUGCGUCGUCUGUGCACACCUGGGGCAGCGCGGCAGCGGCAGCGCUGGGCGGCGGCGGCGGCGGCGGCGGCGGCAGCAUCAACGGGCGGCAGCUCUUGCAGUCACUGUCGGUCUCCGGGGCGAGGAGUGCAGCGGAGGCGGCGGCGGCGUUCGCUGCGGCGGCGGCGCCGUCGUUGACAAUCCCCGAGGACGACGUCUGGUCUUUGGUGAAGGAAAAACUCCGUCAGCGCAUGGCGGCGCGUGCAGGGGGAACGAACGGCGGCGGCGGCAGCGCCGCCGCCGCCAUCUCGACGGCGGGCGCCACUGCCGCCAGCAUCCGCGCCAGCCUCUUUGAUUCGGAAUCGGAUUAUGACGACAGCGAGUACGACAGUAGCGGGGAGCCCAAGCGGCGGCAGCGUGAUGAGCUGACGUCCAGGGAACGGGCCACUGUACGGGCUGCUGCGUGGUCCAAGGGCGCGCAGGUCCCCGGCGCGGUCUUCACCCAGUACGGCUGGCUUGAAACGCUGCCUGAUCCGCAGCUGCUGCCGGCCUUGGAGGCGUACGUCAGGAGACUGGGCAUCCCACGCGACGGGUCCACGCCACAACAGCAACAGCAGCCACACCCCCACCCCCACCAUCGACCUGCAGCCCGUGCGCAUAUGCAGCCCCUCAUGCGCCGUACUGCUUCUCCGUACGAUGGGCAGCAGAGGCCUGUCAGUCCCGGCCGCGGCGGCGGCGCCGCCGCCAGGUCCCCGCCGGGGCCCAACAGCGUCGCCGCGAUCCUAGGGGCCACCUCCGCCGGGUUCUUCGUCACCCACGCGCCCAUCGCGCCUCACCCGCCGUCGGCGCCUCCGGCGCGGCCGCCACGUGGAGGUGCCGCCGCCGCCGCCGCCGCUGCAGCCCGAGCACGAGGGGGAUUUGAGGACGAUCCGCCGCCGCCGCCGCCGGCACCGGCAGCAGCGACGAGGCCUUCCGGGCUAUUUGCGUUCUCUCCUGGGAGCGGGGUUCCUGCGGUGGUGGGUCGGGCCCUGGGCUCCCCCGCGACUUCGCCCACUAAUUCAUCUCGAUCGCUCUUAUCGCAGAUGAGGUCGGGCGGUGAAGGGCAGGGUCUAGCGGCGGCGGGGCCUGGCGGCGUCAGCAGCGGCGGGCGGUCGUUCUCGACGUCGCGGCGUGCCUUGUCCCCAACCGGACCUCAGGGAAUGGGGGAGGAAGGGUCGACCGGAAGCGACGGCGGUGGCGGUGGCGGUGGCGGUGGCGGGGUUGUAUUGGGAGUAUCGGUGUCCAUAUCGCCGCGAGCCCACGGCGGAGGCCAUGGCGGCGUGAGCUGGCGCGCGGGUGCUGCGAGCCGGAGAUCGCCGUCUGGAGCAGCCGCAGCCGCCGCCGCCGGCGGCAGCGGCGGCGCCGCCAUCUCUGAGGAGGCUGGCAGUAGCGGCGGUAGCCGCAGCCAUGGGGACGCGGAGGGUGAAGAUGGAGAUGAAGCACAACAACAUCACCAGCAGCAGCAGCAGCAGCAGCAGCAGCAGCAGGAGGUGGAGGGGGUGGAGGAGGAGGUGGCAGCCCCACCCGCCCUGAGCGGAGAGCCAUUUCAGGCAGGCGCCAGUGACGACCACUGCGUUCCUCUUUCCGCUCUUGGCAUUUUUGAGAGCUCUGACGCGAGGGGGAAACCCAUUCGCUUAGUAAUGCGUCUCGCAAUCUGUUGGGGCCGUAGCCUCGUAACAGCUUUUUUGACGGUUGCGAUGGCGGUGCUGCGGUCCAAGUCCAUCAAACCAGGCGUGGCGGAGCGGGUCUUUCCGCAGGGACAGGCGCAUAUCAACGACCCGUCAUCAAGUGUCGUACCGCCGUCGCCGACGCGGCGUGACGGCGAUGAUGCUGGUGAAGGCGCUGACGGCGCUGACGGCGCUGACGGCGGCGGGCCUGCGUCGAACCCCUUGGACAACAUCAGCAGCAGCAGCAGUACGAGCAGCGAUGAAGAUGCCGACGGCUGGGCUACGGCGUCGGACGAUUUUGACAGCUCAGAUAAGGGAAGUGGUGCUACUGCAGCAGCAGCGGCGGCGGCGGCGGCGGCGGCGGAAGCAGAUAAGGGAAGUCCAAUUGACGACGCAGGCAACGGUUAUCCCGACGAAGCGGGGGUGAUGAUGGCGGUGGGUCACGCACUCGCGACGACGUCUACGAGAGUGCAUCCGCCGCAGCCGGCGGCGGCGGCGGCGGCUGGCGUUGCCGAAGGCUCCCAGCGGCGUCAACGUCCGUCGGCGGCCCAAGGUCCCCCUGGAGUGGCAACUGCCACUGCGGCGGCGGCGGCGGCGGCGACGACGGGGCCGUAUGUACGUCGGCGGGUAGCGCCUCUGCCGCUGGUUAUCCCCGAACCCAGGCCCAACGCGUUGCACGAUGCCGCCACCACGGCGGCGGCGGCGGCGGCGGACGGACGAGGGCGACCGUUGGAGGACGAGGACGGCGAGCGGCAGUUUGACCUGCUGUACGACAUGACGCGUUGGGCGGUCGCGCGCCCGUCGACGCCGAUCAACUACAGGUUGGAGGACGAGCACGUGUCUGUCGUACUGCGCCGGAACAAGGAAGCGAGGCGGCGUGAGGCGGAGGCGGCGCACCAGGCGCGUCGCGCCCACCUGUUGAUGAUGUACGGCGGCGGCGGAGCGGUGUACGGCGGCAACGCGUACGAGAGGGUUAUGUUCCGUCGCCGCCACGCGCGGGCCUUAGCAGCGCUGGCGGCUUCGCAGAGCCCGCUAGCAAAGCUCCUGCGCGCUUUGGCGUUUGACCGGGAGACCCUAGGAAAGGCUGUCGUACAGCAGCACGGCAGCGGCAGCGGCGGCGGCUCCACAGCACUCACUGCCUCCGGCGCCGCCUCAUCCGCCGGUACGACAUCAGGGGGUGGGAUCCGCCAGCCUCGCCGCCGCGGCGGCGGCGGCGGCGGUUGGCGUCGCUUUCACCCUGCCGGUGCCGUACAAAGCAAUCUGAGCGGCGGUAUUAGCUGGAUGCAGUCGCCCAGCGGCAGGACACAGCUGCGAUUACGGCGUGGUGGCGGCUGUACGUCGGGCUUUGGAAACAGCUACUACUGGCGCCAACCUGUACGACUCGCCUCGCUCAUGCACAUUCGGCCUGCGGGCUGCCUGGAUCGCGGGGCGGAAGCCGUCGAGGGCCAUCACGGCGGCGUCGACGGCGGCCUCGGCGUCAGGGUCCAGAAGGCCGGUGGCGGACCGAACGUGGCGGACCCCUUGGCGGCGCUACAGCCGCUGCCGCCGCCGCCGCCUGAGGUAACGAAGAUGGCAAGUACGGCACUCAAGCUGCUCGGUGAGCUCGGCUCUGAGAUCGGGCGGAUGGAGGAGGAGAUUGAAGUGCUCCAGCGGCGAGCGGAGCGAGACGCCCGGCGGCAGCUGGAGGGCGGCGCCGCCGCGCCACUGCCGCCGUCUCCGCCGCUACCAGCCAUGGCGGCGGCGGCGGCGGCGGUGCCACUGCAGCGGAGCCCGUCGGGUGCCCAGAACCGCACGCAGCUGCUCAGCCUCCACCAGCAGCAUCACCACCUGCAAGCUCAUCAGGCGGUACCGCAGCCGCCGCCGGCAGCGCAGCAGCGGCCGCAGUCGCGGAGCCGCGUAUCCCCGCCGCCGCCCUCCCUGCAGCGGCUGACGUUGACCGCCUGGGAGCCGCCGACGGGUGUCCACGGCACCGCCGUACCGCGGAUACCGCACCCUCAGCGGUCGGCGUCGCCGCCGCAGCUCCGAGCGCCGCCAGGCCGUCAGGACGCCACCGCUGCCAGCGGUCCCCGCCGGCCGGCGCUGGCGGGGGGCCCGAUGCCCACCGGCUCGGCAGCAGCGGGCCGCGGCCAGAUGAGUACGGCAGCUUGGCGGGGCGCACCAGCGCAGAUGGGUCGGGUCGUGAGCCCGGAGCUUGGCGCCGUCGGUUGCGACGGCGGCGACGGCGGAGGCGGCUCUCCGACGGACGGCGACGGCAACGGCGACGGCGACGGCGGCCAUUGCCACUCGGCGCCACUCUUGACCCGAAACCUACCGACAUCGGCGCCGACGCAGCCGCUACUGCCACCAGCUGCAUCCGGAACACUCAGCCCUACUCAGUACAAGUUGUCGUAUAUUGGAUCCAGAUCUGGAUCCAGCUCGGGAUCCAUCUCAGUGGGACUGCAGAGUGCCGGGAACUCGGUUCCGCUGGAUGCCGUACUGCCUCCGGGCCAUUCGCUGGUGGCAGCGGCGCCGCCGGCGGGCUCCGACGGGGUUGUCGGUCGGCGACGAACACCAAGCCCGGCGUUGGUGCCCACACCCCACAACACACUGAGCGAGAACCAGGGAUGGCCGUCCAGCCGCGGCAACUCGAUGCCAGGAGUGGCGUUGGCGGCGUUGGACGGCGGCGGCGGCGUCCCCGCCGCCGCCGCUGCGGCGGCGGCGGCGGCACCCGCCUGGGCUUCACCGCGACGGUCCAUCACGGGGUUAGAGCCCGGCGGCGCCGCUGGCGUCCCAUCGGACGUGCCGUUCCCAAGAUCGGCGGCGGCGGUGGCGAGCUUAUCGCCGCCGUCACAUGCGCAUUUGGGUCACAUGCGAGUGCAUCCCUACCCGCGUAACAACUCGCCACCGACGAUGCUACCGAACAUUGCCGUAGGUAGUGCCGGCGGCGGCGCCGCUGCGGUCGUACCCGCACAUCGACCGAGCUCCGACGGCAACCCGUACGGCGUCGGUGUGGCGGCGCGCGGGAGCAUCGGCGGCUGGUUUUCAGCCGGCGCGGCGGCCGGUGCGGCCGCUUCGGCACAGGCGCCGCCGCCGUCAGCUCCUCGGCCGCGUCCGGGCUUUCCACCCGGUCAACCGGAGGUCCCUGCAGCGCCACCGCAUUCACCGCCACGAGCAGCCGGGGGUAGCAGUACGACAUCUGCGCUAAGUGCCGUACUGCCUGAAAUUCCGCAAACGUCCUUGUCACCGCGAAAUAAUUCCACAGUUGGCACGCAGGGCGUACGGAGCUCCGUGUCGUACGACAUCACCGUCGGGCCCGUGGGCGCCGUUGGCGGCCGUCCUUCGACGCCGUUGUUGGGUAUAUCGCGGUCCAGCGGAUCGCCGCCGCACAGCCCUCUUCGGAGCUACCCCCGCAUGGAGCUUGGUUUAGGAGCGGGCGGCUCGCCACUCCGCAUGCGCCACGGCUCGUACACUGGCCCUGGCGUGCCGUAUUACCAGCACUUGGCGGGUGGCGGCGUCGGCGCCGCCUCCGCCACUGCCGUAAGCCAUCCAUAUACCUUGAAUGACGCGGGUAAUAGCGGGGGGCCGUCCGGCGUCAGCGUCGAGAGCCUCUUACUCAACGUUGCGCUUUUCGGUCCCGGUGGCCUUGGCGGCGGCGGCGGCGGCGGCAGUGGAUUUGGAAACCGGGCGGCAGCGGCGCUGCGCGCGUCGGCGACAGCGCUGCCGCUGCUUUCCGGCAGCACCCGUCGUCCGCGCGCCUCUGAUGCGUCCAUGGCGAUGCCGACGACAACGACGGCGGGGGCAACUCUGGCGGCUGCGUCCUCAGCACCGGCGGCGACGGCGGCGACGGAGGGCCCCGCCGGCGGCUCGUCGCGCUUUGGCCGUGUACGGAGGCUCAGCAUGGGGCCAUUGCCUGGCGGUCCCAGCGGCGGGGUCACCGCCUCCGCCGCGGCCAUAAUCUCGCCGUAG